AUGCCACCCAAAAGACCAUCAACCAAAAUACAAAAAAAAAAAACCAAUGUUUUACAAACAAAACCAGAGGCAUCCGAGCCUUUAAAUGAUUUGCCAACAUCUUCUAAAAAGCUACAAAAACCACGUCAAGUGAAGAGUAAAGAACCAACUUAUAUCGAAGAUCAGAAUACAUCUUCUCUUACAGCAGCUAAAUAUCAACAUAAAGUGCCAUCGCAAAUAAAUAUGAGAUCUGGAGUUUCAAGAGGUCUAUCAAAUAGGCCUGAAACUGACUAUUUUUCUCAACGCCCUAGUGGUUCUAUUAAACGUCUGUCAGAUUAUGAAGACGAACUUUCAGAAGAUGAAUCAUCAGAGGAUGAAAUUUUUUCUUCACUUAACCAGUAUAAUUUGAUAUCUUCAAAUAUUCAAAAUACUAAUUCUUACACAACGAUUCAACAGAAUAGAGAUUAUACAACUUCAGCUUCAAAAAAUAAAAUUUCUUUUCAAGAUGAAGCACACCUUCUUCGAUGGUUAGAAACACGCAAAGACCUUGUUUUACAGGCAUUGCAUGCAAUUCGUUUGUCAUCGCCUGUUAUAUCAAACCAGGAAAAGCCUCUUAAAAAACAUAUUGAUAUACUUGAUUAUGAUACUUUGAAAAAUCAUCAACCAGAAGUAAAUUCAUUAGAAACUUUCAUUGCCAAAAGUCUUAAAAUAUAUGUAAAAUUCUUAAAAGCAGAAUCGAGAAGAGAAGACCCCAAUUAUAACUCUAUAGUUCUGAAUUGUAUUAAGGAAUUAGAUCAUAUUACUAUUAGUUUCAAGUUUCCGGCCACAAGUUAA